AUGUUUCACACGCCGGUUGGUGGUCGUUCCGCGGGUGCGUUCUACUGCCCCUCCUGCAACGUGUACUGCAGCGAUAGUCGAACAGCGGCGUUGCAUCGGUCGAGUCUGAAGCACAAGAAGAAGAGUGGUGAGCUCGAGAUGGAGCGUCAGCUGUACAAAGAAGAUGCGAGUGUGACCGUGGAGGAUGUGAUGGCGCUGGUGGAGCGCAAGCGGGUGGAGUUGGGAGUUGUGCCGUGGAGUCAGUUGCGUUUCACAGAAGAGGAGACGCAUGCUGACUAA